ACUGCCUGAAAUAAUCUUGGGAGUAAACCAACAUUUCUUAUCAAGACACAAUGUGGAGAGAAUGUGUUUGUGUUUUAAUCUUGAUUUUUGGGGUGCAAGGCCGAAUCAAAUGUAUAUCGGAUCCAGUUAUCUUUUGGGAUACAUUUCAUCAUCCACAAGAUCCCAAUGAGAUCCCAUGCGUGGAUGCCAGUCUCAUGGCCACCAUCCAAGGGCCAUGUGAAUGCAGUUUGAAUGACUUUCAAGCGUGUUCACCAUAUCUGUCGACUUACUCAACCAGUGCUUUGGCUUGGAUCAGUGGCAGUGACGCUCUGGAAUCUUACAUUAGGCCACUCGUGCAGAUCAUCAUGGUUGUACCCAAAUGACACCUGGGCCGCUGUGUCUAACAUGUUGACCACCAUAGGUUACACAAAUGAAGACAUCGACUCUCGUUGCACUUACCGAUUAGCCAUUUUCAACCGAUCCAUUGCUGAUCAAGAGGGGCUUUUCGUGCCCACUUUCAACCGUUGGUUCCAUGAGCUUCGUUUAAGAUUUGAUCUCAACUUUCAACCAAGUGUGAUCAAAGAGCUCUCAUUGCAUGAUUUCCAAAGUUUCUACGAGCUAACCGGGUGCAACGUGGGUUGUACCUCGUGUAACGAGGAUUUCGAAAACGUGCUAUCCAUCACAUAUCCAGCACUUUUUGAGGGAGGCACCAUUCCAUGUGCUCGAGCGUUUUCGACUGAAUUUGAUGGCGGUCUGAAAGCCAAUGCAGUUCAUGCUCGGGCCUUGUUGUUCUCCUGUUUUGGCGCCAAUGAACUCAACACGGGCAACGGAUAUGGAUUCGAUGGUCAGGAUUACACUGUAGCAGAAUUCAUGGUGGAGAAUGAACUUCUGGAUAUGACCAUGGGGGCUGCAGUGUACACACUGAAUGAAGGGCUCUAAGCAACAUUCUUUUCUUCUAUUCUUGAGUGUCUAAUUAAUUCCUUUGUUUUAUUGGUUUGGGUUUUCACGGGCUUUUCUAACCACUACAAGGAAUGAAAUCGCUAGUACUAUUAAAUGAAAAGUUAUAUUUCGUC